GGUGAAGUUCAUUUUCAUCAGCUACUUCCACCAGCCAAGUCAAGCACAUCCCCGCACCCCACGUCUUCGACGACUACCACCACCACAGCCAACUCUCCAAGAUGCCACCCAAGGUUUCCAAGAAGGGCGAGAAGAAGGCAGGCAAGGCCAAGGCCGCCGCCGGUGAGGGCAAGCGCCGCAAGAAGCGCAAGGAGUCCUACAGCAUCUACAUCUACAAGGUCCUGAAGCAGGUCCACCCCGACGUCGGCAUCUCCUCCAAGGCCAUGAGCAUCCUCAACUCGUUUGUCAACGACAUCUUCGAGCGCAUCGCCAACGAGGCAUCCCGCCUGGCCAAGUACAACAACAAGUCCACCAUCUCCUCCCGGGAGAUCCAGACGGCCAUCCGCCUGCUCCUCCCCGGUGAGCUUGCCAAGCACGCCGUCUCCGAGGGCACCAAGGCCGUCACCAAGUACACCUCCGCCGGUGGCAAGUAAACGACCACAACAACAACAACGUCUUCUUCACAGACUUUGUAGUUGUAUGUGUUGCCUUUGCUCUGUUCUUGAGCCAAGUGCGCUGUUCGUGCAUGUGCAGUGAGCAUGUGCUUGUUCUGCCUCUUUGCUUGUUUCCCCUCUUUGUAAUUCUCUUCUCUCUUCCCCCUCUUCUCUCUCUUGCCUUCUCUCAAAUAAUGUGAGUCCUUGUGCCGCCGUGGUUCUUCUAAUUGGCUGGCGCUACUGCUACUGCUGUACAGUAUGCAAACAUGCUCUCUCGAUCCCCCUUGUGCAUUUCCCGCUGUUUGUGUCGUGUGGUGGCUGUUUGCUUCAGCAGCAGCCGUGUUUGUUUGCUGGCCGAGCCGCUCGCCUGUACACCGCCGUUGUGGUCUUGUGUUUUGUCGCGCACUUCCUCCCCCUUGUGUGGGGUGGGAUGAGUUGCAGCGCAGACCAAGAUGUCCGUCGCGUGUUUGCUUGUCGAGCAUUGUGUGUGUGUCAGCGUUGAGAAAAGCGGCACGCUCUUGCUGAACCUGCACCAUUACACAGACCAAACCGAA